CAUUGCCACCAUCUUCGCAUGUGCGUAGACGUGUAACUCCAGCAUCGCAAUGGUUCUCCCCAUGGUGCGGACAGCAAUCGUUGCAUUCAUUUGUUGCGUGCCAUGGGCAGAUUGUUUGGAGGCUGACUGGAUCAGCUAUUCCGAUCAAGCUGACCUGCCCAUGUCCAAAAAGUGGCGUGAGGAGAUGCAGGCAAAGCUGGCCAGCAUCGAUACGGAAAAGCUCACACCAGAGCAGAAGAAGAAGUUUAAGGCCUUGUGGCGACGGGUAGAAGGAACAUCAGGAGAUUCAGGGGCGCCCUUCUCUGCAGCAACUUUGGUUCCUGUGGGGGCUGUAGCUUUGGCGUUGUAUCUAUGGCAUACAAAGCCUUGGUCGACUGGUGGCCCCGUCGCAUCGCAAGGGAUCUCCAACUCGGAAGGUGCCAAUGCAGCGCGGGCGGCAGAGCUUCGUGACUUGCGCAUGCGCCGAUUUGGCUCGGAGACAUCAGCCAGAGCCAAUGAUUAGACCAAAAAGUGAUUAUGCAC